AUGGAGAACAUUACUUUGGAAAACUAUUUAGAAGCUCUGGCUAAUACUGGGUGCUCUGAUAACGAGAAACUCAGGCAAGCCUCUGAAUUUAUUGAAUCAGCUAAAGAAAAAGCAGGAUUUUGUGAAGCAAUGAUGAAAAUUGCCUCUAAUCCUGAAUACAACCAGGAAGGAGGUUUCGAUGUCAAUCUUGCAGCAGCAAUUCAGCUCAAGAAUAUGGCUCAAUACCAUUGGAUGAACAGUCAAGAUGGUCAACUUGGAGGGUUUAAUGAUUUUGAUGACGAAGAGCCAGUAGAAGAGACAAAAGGUGUCAUUAUAUCUCAAGAGGACAAGGAGUUCGUUAAGACGAACAUCAUCCAAGCUUGAGCCCACGCUCCUUCCUUUGCAGUUCUCGCUUUAUUUGAAGAGAUUGUUUUGGUCGUUGCUAAGUUUGAGAUGCCAGAUAGAUGGCCAAACGCUAUGACAGAAAUCACUGACCUAAUUCAGCAUGGCGAGGAAGGCAAAGUUUUUGGAGGCCUUACAGCACUUAAGCAGGUAGUUAAGAGAUUCGAGUUUGAAUUUAAGCAGAAUAGAGUCCCUUUGGAUGAAAUUGUUGAUACUCUUUUCCCAACUAUAGAAAAUAUGCUAGUGAAUUUGAUGGACAAUAUGGGAGAAUCAGCCAUGAAAGCCAAGAAUAUUAUCAUGAACACUCUUUAUUUGGCAAACAAUGCUAAGAUUUGUAAGAGGUACAGAGAUAGUGAUAACUUCAACUCCCUCAUGAGUGUAGCAUUCAAAGGACUGACUCAGGAAAUUCCUGAAGAGUUUACAACUCCUACUGAAAGUACAGACAUCAUUGAUAAAUUGAACAAGAAUGAUUUUUGGAUGCUCAAAAAGAAAUGCAUUACUUUAUUAAAUAGAGUUAUGAUUCAGCUGUUCAAAGAGAAUGAGGCUGAAGACGAUCUAAAGGCUUUGUCUAAGAUUUUCCUUGAGAACCAUUCCAAAGAGCUAAUUGACAUUGCUUUCUUAAUCCUAGAUUUAUCCUUGACAAAAUUUGUAGCAAGUGAAGUAGUUUCUUGUGCAGUUAGGAUAAUUAAUAGGACUGAUAAGGCUCCUAACUUGUUGGCAAUAGUUUUAGAGAGGCAUGAGGAUAUUGUUUUUAAGUACUCUAUUCCCUUGUUAUAUUUAUCUCCUCACGAUAUUGAAGAAUUUACUGAGAACCCAGUGAGUUAUACCAGAGGGCUCUACAGUUUGACAAUCUCAUCACUGUCGGCUAGAAGUUACGCUAUAGAUAUGAUAAAUUAUUUUGUUACGUAUAAAGAAAACGAGAAGGACGAGAGCGUUCCUCCUUACCUUGAGAAGUUCCUGACUCAUUGUGUAGAGACAAUGAGUCAGCCAAGCGAAGAUUUCAGAAUCAAGGAAAGCAUAAUGCUUGCAAUUGGGCAUCUAGCUCCCCAUAUUUUACCAUACGAGAGUUUGCAUGCAGGUGUUGAAAACAUUCUGAAAGACCAUAUCUUCCCAGAGUUACAAGGAGAGAAUGAUUUCCUCAAAGCAAGAGCUCUUUGGGUCUACGGUGAGAUGCCUAUUUUUGUCAAAGACUCUCACCAUGCUGUUGAAGCUGUUUCUAAUACGUAUAAAUGCCUUCUUGACGAAUGAAUACCUGUUAAAGUUCUAGCUGGGACUUCUCUUCAUAAAUUGAGUAAGAUUAAAGAGGCCAGAGAGAUUCUUGAGCCAGGAAUUGAUAAGAUUAUCGAAGCUUAUCUCAAGAUCAUGCAGGAGAUUGACCAAGAUGAGCUAGUCAAUGGACUAGAGGAGAUUAUCAACUUAUUUGAUGACAAGGUGGCUCCAUUUGCUUUUGAAUUGAUCCAGGAACUGAAUAACAAGUUUAUCAAAAUUGCUGAAUCAAAUGCUGACUCUCUCAGUGAUGCAACAUUGGCUGGAAAUGCUUGCUUAAGUGCUAUCUGAAGGAUCUUGUCAGCAGUUAGUAAAGACAAAGAUCUGCUUUGUAGAAUAGAGGAGAUAAUUUAUCCAUCUAUCCUCCUCUGUUUGACAGAGGAAGGUCUCGACUUCAUUGAUGACUGACUUGAUAUUCCUGUUCUAGUAGUUUACCACAGGAAAUUGAUCUCUGAGAAGAUGUGGGACCUCUAUUUCAAGAAAUUCAGAAUGGCUCUCGGUGAUGAGAAUGACGAAGAGGAAUGAGAAAAUGGAGGAAUUGGGUUUGAAUUUGUUCCAGUGAUGAUGUCUUUCUUCCAAAAUUGCGUCUCAUUCGGAGGAGAAAGCUUCUUCAAUUACCAAAUUGAAGGAGUGACUCCUUUCCAAUUGAUGGUAAAAUCUAUCAGAAGAAUAAUUACUAUUGAGAGGAAUGUUUUCUCUGAUGUGUACUCCACAUCAGUGUGUGCCAUGAAACUGAUGGGAACCAUUCUUGAGAACCAUAUUGGGAAAAUAGAUGAGGUCCUACCUGAUUUCAUCAAGUUAUUACAUUCAGAGCUAGAGGCUAACCCAACUUCAAAGAUAUACAGGUCAUCUAUUCUGCAGACUUUCUCGAUAUGUUUUGUAUAUGACACAAGCUUGACUUAUAAAUGUCUUGAGGAGCAACAUAUUAGUGACCCAAUGCUGAAAUUCUUCUUUUCAAGCAUGGGAUCUUUCACAAAAACAUAUGAAAUCAGAAGAGUUCUGUACGGAAUCGCUUCGAUAAUCUCGAGCGAUUUGACUAAAGCUCCUGAGCUUCUUAAGAGCGAAACUUCAGCGAUCAUGAACGUUGUGGUUGUUCUUAUCAAUGCAUAUGUGAAUGCCAAAGAGAAGGAGAUUAAGCAAGAGCUUACUGAAGCCUCCCAGAUGAAGGUAAUUGAAUCCCAAGGGCUUGAAGAAGUUGACGAUGUUAAAGAAAUUUUAACAAAAUUGAAGGAAAUUAAGCAAAACGAAGGAAAAUUGAUGGACUUUGGUCUUGAUGUUGGUGAAGAUGAUGACGAUGAAGCAGAUGAGUUGAUAUUCACUGCUGGUGAUUUGGAACUUUAUGACUCUCCCCUUGAGAAGGUAGAUGCUCCUAUUUACUUUAAGAAUAUCAUGAGUGAGCUUCAGACCAUGAAUCCUGACCUAUAUAAUACCCUCACAGGGUUUCUUUCUAAGGAGCAAAAUGAUAUCUUGGCUAAAAGCUUUGAGAAGAAUGAAAUGUUAUUAAAUAUUGAAAAAGAGUAACA